GAGGCUUGCUUGGCCACACACUCAUCUGGGACCAGGCUGGUGACUCAGACGUGAACCUUUCUUUACUUCUGGUGAACGAGGACUCUGAGCUUCUGAUAUGGCUCGCCUGGAUCAGGUCAUCACAAACAUUGUGGAUAUAUUCCUGGAGUACGCUGACAAUGAUGAAGGCAAGAAGCCCCAGUUAAACAAGGAGGAAUUAAAGAAAGUGUUGCAGCAGGAAAUACAAAGUCCAGAGUUAAAAGGUAAAGUUAAUGCAGAUGAUAUUGAGGAAGCCAUGCAGAUGUUGGACAAAAACCAUGACGGUGAGGUCAACUUCCGAGAGUUUUGUCGGUGUGUGUCUGAUCUGGCCAAGUGCUACUACAACAAGAAGACCGGCAAGGGAGGCAAGAAAAGCAAGGGCAAAGAACAUGAGUGUGAACAAGAGGACUGAAGAUUAACUCUUAAAAUGUUGGAAGCUCUGUUACAUAUUACAAAUAUUCUAUAUAUAUAUAUUUGGCAUAUAUAUACGACGUAGAUACCCUGUGUGACUCAACCUCCCAGAUGCUAUUGGAUUCAAGCUAUUUGCAUGUUUAUUAAAAUUCAAGUCUGUUUCUUGUGUCUAAAACAUACAUGCAACUUGUGAUGUGCACUUUUCUCUCAAUAACCUGAAUCCAUUCAAUACAAAUGGAAAAUAAACUUUCAAAAACAAA